CUAAAUUUGCCGAAGUUUCCAACCAAUUGCCCCCAAAGCUCGCAGAAGCAGCUUCUGCCCCAACUAGUCGCAACUACCCAGUUUCUGUAAUAGGCCUCUCUGGAACAAUACUCAGCUGGUAGGAUACUACCAGAUCUGACUUGCAAGUAUCAAAAGGCUGACAGUUGAGCUAUCCUUGUUGGUUAUUAUUGGCUUUGAUUCUAAGUCGGCUUGUGCUUAUCUGGAAUUAUAAAUUCGGGGUUUCAAUGUUUACCUUCAUUUUGUGCACUAGUGGAGGAAUUUGAGUCGGCUCAGGUUCUCCAGGAGUACAAUGGAUUGCAACAAAGAAGAGGCCAUUAGGGCCAAGGUGAUUGCAGAGAAGAAGAUGGAAAACAAGGAUUUUGCAGGGGCCCGUAAAUUUGGUGUGAAGGCUCAGCAACUUUAUCCUGAUCUGGAGAACAUAUCUCAGUUGCUUAUGGUGUGUGAAGUGCAUUGCUCUGCUCAACAGAAGUUGUUUGGGACUGAGACAGAUUGGUAUGGCAUUCUUCAGAUUGAUCAGAAAGCAGAUGAACCGACUAUUCAGAAGCAGUACAAGAAGUUUGCUCUCCAGCUUCACCCUGACAAAAACAAAUUUUCCGGUGCAGAUGAUGCUUUUAAGCUAGUUGGAGAAGCCAAAAAAGUACUUUUGGAUCGUGACAAACGUAACAUGCAUGACAUGAGACGCAAGGCUUCUGUUAGUAAAACAAAUGUACGGUAUAAACCCCCCAUGAAGACUAGUUGGAAUUCAAAUGUUCACAACUUCAGAAGCAACAUGAAUACCCAGAACCAGCAGCAGCAGCAGCCCACUUUUUGGACUAUGUGCCCAUUUUGUCAUGUUAAGUACCAGUAUUAUAGAGCAAGUGCCCUGCACAAAUCUCUUACUUGUCAAAGCUGCAAGAAGCCAUUCGUCGCAUAUGAGACAAAUGAGCAAGUACCACCAACUACUGUCAAUCAGCAGGCACCGCCACCUACCGUCAAUCAGCAGGCACCACCACCUGCCGUCAAUCAGCAGGCAUACCAUGGUUUCAGCAAAGUUGAAAUGAAAUCUCAGGAAAAUUUUACUGCUGGAAAACCCAAACCGGAACCUUUUCAAAGAAGUGUUCCAAAGGCAGGUGGCCCUUCUGGCAUUGGUUCAGAAAAAGGGAACCGAAAGAGAGACAGAAAGGGAGACAAAAAGGGAGACAGAAAGCGUGUAGUAGAAGCCAGUGAAAGCAGCGAUUCUGUAAGCAGCAAUGACUCUGAAGAAGAUGUGGUUGUUGAUAUGGAUGAUCUUCAGACUCUUUACCAAGGAAUAUACGGGGACCAACCUAGAAGGUCUUCACGGAGUAAGCAGCAGGUAUCUUAUAAGGAAAAUCUAAGUGAUGAUGACACUCCUAUUUCAAAAAGGGGGAAGAGGAGUGGAUCCUUGUGUGCUACUGACGAACAAAAUGAAGAUGCUUCUACAGGGGAGGAAUCGAAAAUGAAGAGCCAAUCUGAACCUGUGGCUAACGGCAAAAGAGGUGAGGAAAAGGUGAUAGAGAAAGACAGUGCUGCAUUUGAAGAUUUGUUGAAUGUUGAGGCCAAAAAUGUUGAGGCCAAAAAUGUUGAGGCCAAAAAUGUUGAGGAUAUUUCAGAAAGCAAGGUGAAAGUUCAGGAGGAUUCUACAGCAGAUACAAUCUCCCAUGAGAAAGUAGAAGAGCAAGUUUAUUCUGUUCCCCAAAAUGACUUCAGUGACUUUGAGGAUACCCGGACAGAAGAAUGUUUUAGAGUUGGGCAGCUCUGGGCUCUUUAUGAUAGUCGAAAUGGGAUGCCAAGAUUUUACGCCAGGAUUAAGAAACUGCACUCUCUUGAGUUCAAAGUGCACAUAACUUGGCUAGAGCCGGACCCUGAUGACGAUAAAGGAAGAAAAUGGGCAAAUGCGAAUUUGCCAAUUUCUUGUGGUAAAUUUGCACAAGGUGAGUCUGACAUUAUAGAAGACAUUGGGAUAUUCUCUCAUGUGAUAUGUUGGGAGAAGAUUAAAAAUACUUACAAGAUAUAUCCAAGAAAGGGGGAGACAUGGGCUAUUUUUAAGAACUGGGAUUUAAAUUGGUGCUUUGGUGUGGAUUCUGAUUGUAAGCGUAAGUUUGAUUAUGAGUAUGUGGAAAUUUUAUCAGAGUAUGCUGAGGGUGUUGGAAUACAUGUUGUGCUGUUGGAGAAGGUGGAAGGCUUUGUGAGUGUUUUUCGUCAAACGGCACAAGAAGGGAAAGGCAUGUUCCAAGUUCCACCAGGUGAGUUUUUGAGGUUCUCUCACAGACUUCCAUCCUUUAAAUUGACUGGUGAUGAAGGAGCAGGUGUGCCACCAGGAUCUCUUGAGCUUGAUCCCGCCUCUAUGCUCUUUAGUGCCAAGGAGAUUGAAGCAAGAGACAAGAAAAGUAGUAGCAGCCAGUUAUUUUCUGAAUCAUCAGAUAUAAGGAAAUCUAUGAUGGGGAAUGAAGCUACAGACUGUGGUGAUCCGAACAUCUUCAAUAUGGAGCCUGAACACAAUAAAGCAAAUCAAGAUCAUGAUGCUCAUGAAGGGUCAACUGCAGAAGGUAUUGAAGUUCCGGACCCUGAAUUUUACAACUUCGAUGCUGAUAAAUCCCUUGAAAAAUUUGAGAUUGGUCAGAUAUGGGCAUUGUAUAGUGAUGAAGAUGGCUUGCCCAAAUACUAUGGACAGAUAAAAAAGAUUGAUUCUAGGAGAUCUAAACUGAAGAUUUUGAUUGCAUGGCUUGAAUCCAGCUCACUACCCGACAAUUCAGUGAAGUGGCAUGAUGAAGAUAUGCCUAUUCCUUGUGGGAGAUUUGAGGUUCAGAGGACAUUCCAAGAUUAUGAUUCUACCAUGUCCUUUUCACAUCUAAUCAAAGCAGUUCCAGUUAGUAGAACUGUAGUUGAUAUCCUGCCCAAAAAGGGUGAGGUUUGGGCAUUAUAUAAGAACUGGACCCCUGAUAUUUCAAGUUCUGGCUUGGCAACCUGUGACUAUGAUAUAGUUGAAGUCUGUGAGGAUAAUGGUUUUCAAAGAAAGGUACUGAUUUUACGGCGUGUGGCUGGCUUCAACUCAGUUUUUAAAGUUGAAGAUGAAGGAGGAUCACCUAAAACUAUGAUAAUCCCCGAGGUUGAGCUUCUCAGAUUUUCUCAUAGCCUUCCUUCUUUCCGGCUAACAGAAGAGAAAGGUGGCAGCGUUAGAGGCUGCUGGGAACUUGAUCCUGCUGCUUUACCUGUCCGAUUCUUUAGUCAGAAUUGAAUUAGCAAAUUGGCCUCAUGCUUCAUAUGCUUUAAAGUGCACAUGGAGCAUUCAUUAGAUAGCUCUCAAGCCGGCAGUCUCUUCCCCAGAUGCUGGUGAGGAAGAUGGAAUCAUUUUGGGAGAAGGUGUAUGAACGGGGAAAGAAGCCUGCCAGUCACUCUUGAAGAAUGAUCACUCGUUCGAUAAGUGUACUUAGAGGGAGGUGAAUGUUUUCCCAGCUAAGUCUUUGCAGCCCAAUGAAUUUUGCUCUUGUUCUCUCGGUGGUUUCAUGUAUGGAACUUUUAGAAUUCCUUGUUUAUUAAUCAUUGGAACUUCAGCAACUGAUGAUGUUGAUGCUGAAGUUACGGGUGAUGUUGGAAUGCCAACCAGCAAUGCAAGAUCUGAACUCAUCCCCUCCAGAAUGUUUUUUUCCGUAGAAACUUGUAAUUUUUUUUGUUGGAAUGCCGCCAAUGCUUCUCUUGCAAAUGCAUCAGAUUUCUUCUGAUGAA